GGGCAGCGGGGGCCGCGCGCAGCGGGCAUGGUGGGCGCGGGGCUGCGGGCGGCCGCCCGGCGCUGGCUGCUGUGCGGAGGCCACGACGUGCCGCGGGCCGCCUCGUCCUCGUCCUGCCCGGGCUGCGGACCCCCGGGUCCUGGGGUCCCCUGCCCGGGCGGUCCGCGCCCCGCGCUCGCCCCCGCGCCCGCCGGCGGCGCCGACCCCAGCGCGCACCUCUGGGCGCGUUACCAGGACAGGCGAAGACUAGUGCACGACCUCCUGCCCCCUGAAGUCUGCAGUCUCCUGAACCCAGCGGCCAUCUACGCCAACAAUGAGAUCAGCUUGCGGGAUGUUGAGGUCUAUGGCUUUGACUACGACUACACUCUGGCACAGUAUGCAGAUUCACUGCACCCUGAAAUCUUCAGUGCAGCCCAGGACAUCCUGAUUGAACACUACAAGUACCCAGAGGGGAUUCGCAAGUAUGACUACAACCCCAGCUUUGCCAUCCGCGGUCUCCACUAUGACAUCCAGAAGAGCCUCCUGAUGAAGAUUGAUGCCUACCAUUAUGUGCAGCUGGGGACGGCCUACAGGGGCCUCCAGCCUGUGCCAGAUGAGGAAGUGAUCGACCUGUAUGGGGGCACUCAGCACAUCCCCCUGUACCACAUGAGCGGCUUCUAUGGCAAGGGUCCCUCGAUCAAGCAGUUCAUGGACAUCUUCUCCCUGCCGGAGAUGGCUCUGCUGUCCUGCGUGGUGGACCACUUCCUGGGCCAUGGUCUGGAAUUCGACCAGGCACAUCUCUACAAGGAUGUGACGGAUGCUAUUCGAGAUGUGCAUGUGAAGGGCCUCAUGUACCAGUGGAUCGAGCGGGACAUGGAGAAAUACAUCUUGAAAGGGGACGAGACAUUUGCUGUCCUCAGCCGCCUAGUAGCCAAUGGAAAGCAGCUGUUCCUCAUCACCAACAGCCCUUUCAGCUUCGUGGACAAGGGGAUGAGGCACAUGGUGGGCCCUGACUGGCGCCAGCUGUUUGAUGUGGUCAUCGUCCAGGCAGACAAGCCCAGCUUUUUCACCGACCGGCGCAAGCCUUUCCGAAAACUCGAUGAAAAGGGCUCGCUCCAGUGGGAUCGCAUCACCCGCCUGGAGAAGGGCAAGAUCUAUCGGCAGGGGAACCUGUUUGACUUCCUGCGCCUGACAGAAUGGCGGGGCCCCCGCGUACUCUACUUUGGAGACCACCUCUACAGUGAUCUGGCAGACCUCAUGCUGCGGCACGGCUGGCGCACAGGCGCCAUCAUCCCCGAGCUGGAGCGGGAGAUCCGCAUCAUCAACACGGAGCAGUACAUGCACUCACUGACUUGGCAGCAGGCGCUCACGGGGCUGCUCGAGCGCAUGCAGACCUACCAGGAUGCAGAGUCGAGGCAGGUGCUGGCAGCCUGGAUGAAGGAGCGGCAGGAGCUGAGGUGCAUCACCAAGGCGCUGUUCAACCCUCAGUUUGGAAGCAUCUUCCGCACCUUCCACAACCCCACCUACUUCUCCCGGCGCCUCGUGCGCUUCUCCGACCUCUACAUGGCCUCGCUCAGCUGCCUGCUCAACUACCGUGUGGACUUCACCUUCUACCCACGCCGCACGCCGCUGCAGCAUGAGGCCCCACUCUGGAUGGACCAGCUCUGCACUGGCUGCAUGAAGACACCCUUCCUGGGCGACAUGGCUCACAUCCGCUGAGGGCAGCUUUAUUGUCCCAGACAAGCUCCCAGCCCUCUUGCCCUGCCCGCUCUGGGCAUCUGUCCAGACAAGCAAUAAAGGCCGUCCGUCUCCUUCCUUCAUGUGCCUCUGUUUUC